AUGACAACACAACGUGUCUGGGGCGGUGCCGACCCUUGCCGACCACCCCUAAAAGCCACGGCCUGGGCUGGCGGCUCGGGCUUUGCAAAAUGGUGGGCCAGACCAAAGCCUUACACAGGCCGUGACUUUGGCCUGGCUAGGCCCGGCUCAAUGGGGGCUGGCUUUGGCUGGCCCACGGCUCAAAGCCGGGCCAUGCACAUCACUAGCUAUAAAACAUUGGUAGCCCCGAAUUCUGCAUCAUCUGUACCUAAGAUAUUAGAAAACCCCUUUGUCAGCUCGAGUGAGUCAGACGAGUCCGAGGUGGACGCACCUUGGAUGACGGUUGAGCGCAACCACAGGAAAUCCAAACGGGCAGCCAAGAAGGUGCUUGAGAACCUUCAGCCACCUAAGGCUGAUUUAGUAAGGGAGGCAGAGAAACUCCUUACUACAGAAGAGAAACAGCGAAUCCUUGAAAGAAGGAACACUGAGAUGAAUGCCGACUCUCGAGAGGAGGGACCUUCCAACCCCAAAGGGAAGGAAGUUGACCCACGUAAUUGGGGGAAUGCCAACCUAGAUGAGUCCAAAAUCAACCUGGAAGCGCAAAGGGAAGCGCUCUCGAACUGGGCUCAGACCCACGAAUGGUCAAAGAGGGCCCCAGAGCCCGAGGAUGGGGAGAAUCUGGUCGACCCAAUAACGGCAGCAGUGAAAGCUACCAAGAGCCAGAUGAUGAAACUGUUCGAAGGCGAAAUCCAGUGA